AUGGCCAUGAACGGGCCGGCAAAUCCAGCAUUGGCAGUAGUAGUCUCGGCGGAGACUCUCCAGAGCUUCGCUCUACAACUCGCUGAGACAGGCGAUCAAACCACUCUGGAAAGCUCGUUAGCCGAUGAUGCUCAUCAUCGACGAGAACAAGAGAAACUUGACCUGCAAGGCUAUUAUGCCGGCACUGGGAGCCCUCACCUUGAAGUCCAAUUUCUUGGCAACGAGAAGUCUGAACUAGCUAAGAUUCUCUCGCAAUUGUCCCCAUAUGAUCCGAACAAAGUAUGGACGUUUCGAGACUUUCAGACAGCUGUGGAGGUAGCAAGAAAAAAUUGGGAAUCCAAGAAGAGGCUGGGGGGUGGGAAAGCACAAGCGGUGUUCCAUAAAAUCAUGGGUAAAUUCAAGGUCCAUUCCAACCUGUUCAGCCUGGUGCCAUCCGCCAACGAAUAUACGUCAAUCAUCUGCUGGGCAGCAACAUGUCUUGUCAACGCAUCUGUUCAGCAUACCGAGACCGUUGAGGAACUGGCCAACGUUAUGGAGGUGGUCAACGAAGCUGCAGCCCAGGUCGAGCAGGAAUCACGACUGUUCAGAGGUCCAGCUGUUCAACAAGCAGUAGCCAAGUUUUACUCGGCUGUCUUCUUAUUGCUAGGAGACGUUGCGACGUGGUACAGUUCGAACAGUCUUCGGAAGUUCCGCAAUUCGAUGCACCAAGGCUUCGACAAGCAAUUCAAAUCGGGGCUUGAAAAUGUGCAGCGACUAUCGACAGUCGUUGGGCGUACUACUCUUCUCGCUGCGGCAGCUGAGGGAAGGGUCACUAGAAUGACAGUCAAGGAGCUUCGCAUGGACCUACAGGACCAGAGAGCUGGCAUGUCUGGCGAGAUGGGAAGAAUUGCCCAGGUUUUGAUGGAUCAAUAUGCUGCGCAUGCUCAACGGCUCGAGGAGCAAAGCAGACUGGAGCAUGAAGAAACUCGGCGAUGGGUACUGGCGGCGGUGAUCCAUAGUAUGCAACACACAGAGGCGUCGUUUGAUAAAGUGGCUGCUUCAGGAUGGGAUUUCCUCCGUGAGAACCUGAAGCAGAUCACGUACGAGCACACGGUCGAUCGAACUCGGGUGCAACUCGCGUACAUGCAACAAUAUCUUCCUGCAAUCAAUCAUGGGAACUCACUUGUCGAAUCCAUUAACGGUAGUGAUGUUGCGACCAAUCGAACGGUGGUGGAAGUCCAGAAACAGGUGGAAAAGUUGCUUGACUAUUUCUACGAAGGCGCUCGUACACUGCAGGAGCCAAAAGAAAUCCUGCCAACAGCCACGCACGAAAGAGUCGCCCUCGCCCUAGAAUUGUUUCUUCGAUCACCCAAUUCAACCCUGCUUUAUUUGGAAUACCCGAUCAUUGCAGGGACGACCCCAGAAAUAUCACUAGUAGCUGACCGGCUAGUCUUGUCAGCAGAUGAGAUGAAAGCCCCGACCAUCUCAUAUUUCUGUAGACCUUGCAUGGGCCACGAGGACAAUCAGAGCAGCAGUGAUAGCCAUAAUCCCCUGUUAGGUCUGCUCUACUCCUUGACUCAUCAAAUCCUAAGUCUGGUGCAGCCUGAAAAGAAGAUAGAAGUUGCUUUUGAUCUCGAUACUCUCGAUGCCACUUUGGCCAGCUGGGACUCUGCUAGAGAUCUGUUUGGACAAGUCCUUGGCCUUGCGCCCAAAUUGAUUCUGAUCAUCAUUGACAGCUUGGAUGAGAUAGAGAGGGACAAAGAAGAUGAAGUCGGAGAAGUAGUUACGAUUCUGCGAAGAUUUGCAGGAGAAAGCUCGAGAACUCUGAAGGUGCUCUUCACUUCAACCAGGCGUUCAUUCGCGCUUCUCGACAAGCUGCAAGGCGAUGAAAUCAACAUCGUUGACACCACUUCUCAUAGGUUCGGCGGCGGCCGUGGCGGUCGAACACCGUUUAUCGUAUGA